AUGUCCGUGCAUGACAUUGGAGGGGAGGAGGAAGUAGGAGGGACAGUUAGAUUGGAAGCUUCUUUAAGGUUAGAUCACACGGUGGUGGUUACCCUCUCACUCACGCCUGCACCUGUUACAAUCCCUGCUCAGCGGUUACACGAGUGGUAUGUCCGGUCCGUGCAGCACAUGGGAGUCCCCUUCAACCUAUCCUGGCAGGGGUAUCGCACCUACCUGCAGCAGCUGCAGCCACUACAGCAGCACCUGCGCCUCCCCUCCAUCCCCUUCCCCUUCUCCCCCCAUCUGCGUCCCCACCCCAGUCCCCUUCAACCUAGGGGCUAUCCCACCUACCUGCAGCAGCUACAGCCACUACAGCAGCACGUGGGCCUGCCCUCCAUCCCCUUCCACCCGCUCCCCCGCGGCCCCCACGGCUUCAUUCAGUUCUCCGCCUAUGCCUUGCUUAUCAUCAUCCUACCUGUCCCCUUCAACCUAUCCUGGCAGGGCUAUCACACCUACCUGCAGCAGCUACAGCCGCUGCAGCAGCACGUGGGUCUGCCCUCCAUCCCCUUCCACCCACUCGCCCGCGGCCCCCACGGCUUCAUUCAGUUCUCUGCCUACCGCCUCUCCUCGCGCUCUUUCGCUAUCGUGGGCUUCGGAGCGCAUUACCUCAAGGACCAUCUGGGCGCUGUUAGAUGCUUAUGGCAGGGAGGCAAUGGGCUAGAGCUGAAGGCGGAACCCACAAUUAUCUACACCAAUCUGCGGGAAGAGAGUGACUACGAUGCGAUUGUCAUGCGACUUUUCCCAUCCCCUCACCUCCAUCUCCUUCUCAUCCAUCUUAAUGCGAGUUGGAGGAGUCAACCAGGGAUGCAGGUGUGCGAGUUGGGGGAGUCAACAGGGGACGCUGGUGGCGACCUCUUUCUCAAUAUUGCGGGCGAGCCCUUCCUCGCUCUCAGUCCCCAUUCCCCCCCUUCCCCCCCUUCCAUGGCCCUAUCUAUUCCUUCCAAGUUCUCACCCCUAUCUAUCUUCUAUUCCAUUGUGCCUCCCAACUUUGACUGCCUUGUCCCAUCUCUAUCCGUCCCCCCCAUCUUCCCAGACCUUCAACAAACCCCCUCCCUCACCCUCCCUCCCCCCUCCCUCCCCUUCCCUCCCCACUCCCUCCCCCCACCCUCCACACACGCACCUGCCUAUGUGCUUCAGGAGAGCUCUGCCUUGCAACAUGCCAUUGUGCCACCCCACUUUGACCACCUGUCACAUAUCUCCUCCUUGCGAAUGCACGACCUCCCUCCACCCCUCCCGUCCCUCUGCCUCAGAGAGAGCUCUGCCUUGCAACAUGCCAUUGUGCCACCCCACUUUGACCACCUGUCACAUAUCUCCUCCUUGCGAAUGCACGACCUCCCUCCACCCCUCCCGUCCCUCUGCCUCAGAGAGAGCUCUGCCUUGCAACAUGCCAUUGUGCCACCCCACUUUGACCACCUGUCACAUAUCUCCUCCUUGCGAAUGCACGACCUCCCUCCACCCCUCCCGUCCCUCUGCCUCAGAGAGAGCUCUGCCUCUCAACAUGCCAUUGUGCCACCCCACUUUGACCACCUGUCACAUAUCUCCUCCUUGCGAAUGCACGACCUCCCUCCACCCCUCCCGUCCCUCUGCCUCAGAGAGAGCUCUGCCUUGCAACAUGCCAUUGUGCCGCCCGACUUCGACGGCCUGCCGCAUGUCCUGACGAUGUGCGCCGUCCGCAUGGGGCGGCAGGUGGAGGCGAGGCUUGUCCACGAGUGGGUGAGCUACCACUGGCACCUGGGCGCCACCCAAUUCCGCCUCUAUGAUGCUGGCGCCAUGGACGAGAGCCUGGCCACGGUCCUCGAGAUCUUCCUGCGCAACGACUCGUUAAAAGUCAUCCCCACGCGGCAAUUGUCCUUUUACAAUAUCGAGUACGACGCGCACGUGAGUACCGUACCCUCCCUUUUCCACCUCCUCCACCCUCCCCCUCCCGAUUCGCCCUCCUCCACACCCUCUCACCCUCCCUCAUCCUCCCUCGGCGCCUUCGCCCUAGACUGCCUUUACAGCACACACUUCACAUCCCAGUGGGUAACCGUGUUACCACCCGACAGUUACCUCUACAUCUCCCCCCCACACACCCUCCUCUCCUUCCUCGCUCAAUACGCAUCCAAGCCCUGGCUAACCUUCGGGGCACACGAGUGGAGCACCGAGAAAUGCCGGGAGGGGAUCGUAUGGGAGAAUGUUACGACAGAGGAAUGGAUGGGGUGGAGGGAGGAGAGUCCGUUUGUGGUGGAGUGGCUGGCGUAUAGGCGGAGGGAGAAUGUGUGUGAGGGGGGUAGGGAGGAUCGGGAGAAGUGCAUCGGGAAGGAGGGGCAGCGAUCGCACUUCACUAAUCCGAGAAAGGCUGGGGUCUUGGGCUACUAUGACGUGAGAGAGACAGACAAUGGGGGGGAGCAUAUUGUGUACAGUGAGAUGCACAAGAACAUGUAUCCGAACCUGCACGAGAGGUCCGAGUUUGGCCGGACCUGCCGAGAGGUCAGUGCUGCAGAGGAAUGGGACGGGUGGGUGAGGGACGUUACUGCAGCUGAUUACGCCAAGCAGUUAAGGAAAAGCCCCCAGCCAACAGUUUAA